AUGCCUAAGGUCAACAGCUAUGCGCCGGCCUGGCUGUGCCGGCCAUCGCCUGGCGCCAGCCUCUUCACAGGCAGUGCCGCCAAAAGCCCUGCGCCGGAACUACAGAAUGGAGCCAAGGCUUCUACCAGCGGCGGACCAAAUAGGACUGUGACCAGGAGAGGCAAUGAAGUAUUUGCCGUUGUUGAUAAUGAAAUUCGGUGGUCGAAUCUCGCGCGACUGAAGGAUCAAUGGCAACAGCAGGCACGGCAAAAGAAGUCCAACGCACAGCCAAAUGGCUGCAGUGUUCCACCCUACAGAGUCUUGUCGGUGCCCGUCUUCGGUCUCAUCAAACAAAUCCUUCCCUCGCCAAAUGGUGCAUUUCUCGCAAUCGUCACUGAGCAUACUGUCCACAUUGCCGUCCUCCCAGACUCCUCUCAUCUGUCAUCGACAGACACUUCGCCCAUUCGACUGAAGGCUCCUCAACUUGGACCGACAACCCACGUUAUUCCAGAGGCACCGGUGGUCUCUGCCCUAUGGCAUCCACUAGGACUAUACACCAACCUCGCCGGAUGCAUUGUCACUGUUACCGCCGAUGCUGUAGUGCGUGUUUGGGAGCUAGAUCGAGAUAACCGUUGGUCUUUUGACCAACCUACACUGGCGGUGGAUCUUAAAAAGUUGGUUGAUGGAACUUCGUCUGAUCAGGACUUUGCGCCAAGUGGCUUUGGUAAAAGCAAGGGCUUUUCUGCGGAUAUCUUUGAUAUGGAGGUUGCCUCUGCUUGCUUUGGGGGUAGUGGCAACGAGAGGGAGGACGCUUGGGCGCCGAUGACACUCUGGGUGGCUAUGCGUCCCGGUGAUCUCUACGCGCUUUGCCCUCUAUUGCCCUCUAAAUGGCAAGCUCCAUCUGCAACUAUUCCCUCUCUGUCUUCUGCCAUCGUUCCGAAAUUAGCGGCAUUGGAAGAGUCACCCGAAAACCUAGAGGAGGAACUGAUCGCAUGCCGUCAACAGUAUGAUUGGCUUCGUGAAAUUGACGACCAGGAACCUUUGAAUCCACCCAACGAAUCUGAUACGAUCCAGGGUGCCGAUGUCUUCACUCGCCCAGCUAACCCAAGCGCCAUUCCGCGCCUGCAAGGCCCUUUCCGUUUCGAUACCGGAGAUGAGCUUGAUGAUCUUGAUCUUUGCGAUAUCUUGGUUAUCGCAGCCGGACUUAACGUUGAGGACCUGAUGAUGGGCGAGGAUGAAGAACUGGCAGUUGAGGCGAGCGAUAAGGACAAGCUGUCUGCAACUGUUAUCUGCCUGACCAGUGGCAAUGGACGAGUUCACAUCUGUCUGGAGCUUGAUGGUGUCGAAGGUCAAUGGCUUCCGAAAGCCAAGAAAAAUGCCUUCAGAACUCCUCUUUCAGAACCGGCAGACCUGAUUUUGGUCGAAUCUCUAGAUACCAUCAAGGCGACUAGUUCGGAGUCAAUCACCUGGCCUACCUUCACCAAGGAUGUUCACUCGCGAUAUUCCUUUUUUGUGACCACCGCUUCAAAUGUCGUAUCCUUCUCUAUGUCUUCAUGGGUGCAACGCUUGGAGUCUGAACUACAAGCGGAAGACUUGUCGGGGUCGGGGUACCGACUCCAGGUUCUUUGCAGUGGGAAUGUCGCCCAGAGAGAACGUAUCUUGCAGGUCUCAGAGACGGACAGCCUUAGUCGGGAUCAGCACUUGGCCACAUCUCUGGUAUUCUAUGACUUCGAUCUUGGUUAUCUCCUUCUCACCUUUAACCCAUCCAAUCCCUAUGCGGCUGCGAUGGAUACACCGGAAGACUCAUUCUCGGUGGCAACAGACCUUCGUCUGUACGACCAGACGAGACCUAUGCUAGCCACACCUGCUGUGGCUCCUCGUCGCGCACCAUAUCAGGUCCCAGCCGUUCUUUACGCAGAGUCUCCCUUGGAAUCAUUUGUCGAAAAGCAUGUUCCGCACCGUCAGCGGCAUACCCUGAAAGAGCAAGUGCGUCUGUCCCCGGCAACUCUUGACCUGGUAACCGAUGCACACCGAGUUCUAUCGUCGUACACCAACACCCUCGAGCGAGCUGCAUCGGACUUGUUUCGCCGCUGCGAACGCCUGCAGGGUGAAAUGAAAGAUCAGCUCAGACAGCUCUCCGAUGUUGCGGAGCGUAUCAAUAGUGUGACGAGUACGCUCAGUGAGGAUAACAGCGACAAAGAAGGAUCUAAGAAUGAUAACGCCCUUGAUAAGAGACUGCAGAAUGCGAAAGACCGGCAGAGCGAGCUUGUCCGGCGCUAUGACGCGCUGCGCAAGAAGGUCGCCAAUUCAGGGGGCCGUCCUCUAAGUGAAAAGGAGACGGCGUGGGUAUCUGAAGUGAAGACCUUGUCUGAGUCCCUCGACGACAAGCCCAAGGCUGAAGAGCGAAACCAACAGCUGGCGGAGCGUUUGGAAACCGUCAAACGUCUUGCCCUUGAUCUUGUGUCCGACACCAAGUCCAUCACCGCCAAGGUGCCUUCGCCUCCGGAGCCUGGAAGUCCCUCUUCUCCCGGUGGCUCUCAACCCAAGGUGCCCCACCGACUUCAGCGUGCUAAGAUUGCGGAUGCUAUGAGAAUGGUCGAGAGAGAGUCUGCCGUUAUUGACGCAAUCACCUCUCGUCUUGACCGGCUCAACACAAGCUUGUAA